CGGGGGGGAAGCCGCCGUCGCACAGUGACGUAUUAACAUUUAGCGGGAGAAUCAGAACUACUGCGGUAGUCGGACGUCGUUUAUCCAUUCAACAGUAAACCUAACGACACUAACAGUCGGUAUGCAGAGGAUCAGUCGUCUGAAGCGCGAGCUGGAGCUCCUGAGUGCUGAACCUCCUCCUGGUGUCUCAUGUUGGCAGAUGGAGGAGCGGGUGGAUGAAUUACAAGCCCAGAUUAUUGGUGGUGCAAGCACUCCCUAUGAAGGAGGCAUUUUUACACUGGAAAUCAAGAUACCUGAGAGGUAUCCGUUUGAGCCCCCCAAGAUGAGUUUCCUGACACCCAUCUAUCACCCGAACAUCGAUAAUGCAGGACGUAUUUGUCUGGAUGCUCUGAAAUUGCCACCAAAGGGAGCUUGGAGGCCCUCGCUCAACAUUUCAACAGUGCUCACCUCCAUUCAGUUACUCAUGGCUGAACCCAAUCCUGAUGAUCCGCUCAUGGCUGAUAUUUCCUCUGAAUUUAAAUACAACAAACCACUGUAUCUAGAAAAGGCAAAGAAAUGGACAGCUGAACAUGCAAUCCAGAAGAACAUGGGUUGUGUGGAGACAGAAGAGAAGGCUCUUGAGAAUAAAAAUAAAACUGCACACAAGAGAGAGGCACUUACUGAACAGGAGAAUUUAGACAGACCUAAGAAAGUAUGCAUGUAAUGUAUUUUACAAUGACUCCAGUUUAUGUUGGUUUAAUAUGCAUUUUUAAACAGGUGAAGAUUAAAAAGUUUCUUUGUCCUAUGUAAAUAUGUUUCAUGUUUCAUAUAUGUAAUAAAGUUUAAAGUUACUCUA